GACGUGAUCGUGAUCUGCAGAGCCAAGCAUGGCACGGACUUCUGUAACAAGCUCAGCGCAACGUGUGCGAGACUCACCAAGACCUCCAUUCCAAGGAUCACUAUUGGUCUCGACUACACUAUUCCAGAAGCUCUCGCAAAAUGUAUCCUAAACGGUAAGCUCACCACACUUUGCUUAUCCUCACCAAAACAAAAGCAUCACGAUACUCAAAAUCGCCUGCUCUACUAG